GGAGAUCUCAUGGCUGCUCGAAGCGAGGACGAGGCGACGCUGUUCCGCCGAGGGGCCGGGCAGAGCGAUGAUUCUGAUAUAUGGGAUGAUACAGCCCUCAUAAAAGCGUACGAUAAAGCAGUGGCAUCUUUCAAGAAUGCUUUGAAAAAUGGUGACUGUUCAGAGCCUUUGGAUAAAACUGAGCAAAAUGCUGGAACAAAAAGAAAAAAUAACAAAAAGAACAAGAGUAGGAAGAAAAGUAAUGCUGCAUCACAGAAACAGUGGAGAGUUAAUGAUGCGUGCAGUGCAGUUUGGUCUGAAGAUGGUAAUGUGUACCAAGCGACUAUUACCUCAAUUAACUGGAAGAAAGGGACGUGUGUAGUGGUUUAUACUGGAUAUGGAAAUAGGGAAGAGCACCGGCUGUCUGAUCUGCUGCCACCAAUAGAUGCUGAGGGAACAAAUGAGGAAAGAAGUGCCGGGGAGAAUGCAAACGAGACUCAGUAUUCAACCGAUGAAAGCGACCUGUCCUUCCAGUCACCUGGAAGUAAACAUAAUCGUACAAAAUCAGCACAAUGGAAUUCUCACUUCUCUCUGCCACCACUGCCACCUCCACCACCGGGACUGGGAAGGUCUGGGUCAAAGUUCAGUGGACCUCCAUCUUUCUUAUCAGGCUGGCCUCCUCCAUUUCCAUCAGGACCACCGUUGAUUCCACCACCACCACCUAUGAGCCCAGACUCUUCUGAAGAUGACGAAGCAUUAGGAAGUAUGUUAAUAGCCUGGUAUAUGAGUGGUUAUCACACUGGCUACUAUCUGGGUUUAAAACAGAGCCGAAUGGAAGCUACAUCAGGGAGACAUCCCCAUUCUAAGUAGCUGUUGUGUAAAAAAUCUCUCCCAUGGAGAAGGAUGUCCCACGUGUAUAUUCUUCAACAAAGAUGAAGUGUUCGCUGAUAUGAAGAUCACUGACUGUA